AUGGAUUCUGAUGCGUCUUCUUCAGAUAUUGAAGCAGGUGGAUUUAUAGUCAAUGAUAAAACUAGAAGAUCAACCAGAUCAAAAGGAAAGAAAAAUGUGUCAUAUGUUGAGUCCGAUGAUGAACCUGAGAAUGAUGAAGACUUUAUAGAAGUGAAGACUACAACGAAGCGUAGGAAGACGCGUACAAACUCCAAAACUAAAAAGCCAAAGGCAAAAGUAGAAGAACCAGAAAAUGAAGAUGCAGAAUUCGUGCUAAAUAUCUUAGGUGAUGAUGAUGAUGUUGAUGACGAAGAUUUCGAAAUAUUGGGAAGUCAGAAGGUUGAUAAGAAUGGUUCAUCUGCUAAUUUAGCCAUUGAUUUAUCGGAAGAUGAUCUUGAAGUUGUGAAAGGUGAGAGUGACGAGGAUGACGAGCCAUUAGCAAGCAAAGCUACGCGUAAGACUGUCACUAAACGUAAACCUAAGAAGAAAAAGGAACCCAAAGUGAAAAUUCCAUAUUUUACCAGGAUCACUGAAAGGUUAUAUGAAUUUCAUCCUGAAUUAAAAGACGUGUUUCCCAACUUAGAAACUUGCGAAAAGAUUAAAGUCGAAAGAGCAGAGCAACCUCCUGGCAUGAAUAUCAAAUUAUUACCGUUUCAACUUGAAGGUCUUAACUGGUUAAGAAAACAAGAAGAUGGUCCUUUCCAAGGUGGUAUAUUAGCUGAUGAAAUGGGUAUGGGUAAGACCAUUCAAACGAUUGCGCUUUUUAUGGGUGAUCUUAAGAAAAGGCCCAAUUUAGUGGUAGGACCCACAGUUGCUUUAAUGCAAUGGAAGAAUGAAAUUGAAAAACAUACAGCAGAAGGUAGUUUGAAAGUUUUAUUAUUUCAUGGUGCUAAUAGACCUACUGAUGUCAAAGAAUUAAAAAAGUAUGAUGUGAUUUUGACCUCAUAUUCGGUCUUAGAAUCAUCAUACAGAAAACAACAUCAUGGAUUUAAACGUAAAAAUGGGGUAGUGAAAGAAAAAUCUGCCAUUCAUUCAGUCAAGUUUUAUAGAGUGAUAUUGGAUGAAGCUCAUAAUAUUAAAGAUAGAAGUUCAGGAACAGCAAAAGCAGCUAAUAAUUUGAUUACGGAGAAAAAAUGGUGUUUAAGUGGUACUCCACUUCAAAAUAGAAUCGGUGAGAUGUAUUCAUUAAUCAGAUUUAUGAAGAUUGAUCCAUUUUAUGAAUAUUUCUGUACAAAAUGUGAAUGUAAGAGUCCUGAAUGGAGUUUUUCAGAUUGGAGACAUUGUGAUCAUUGUGGUCAUUCUCCUAUGGUUCAUACUAAUUUCUUUAAUCAUUUUAUGUUAAAGAAUAUUCAAAAAUUUGGUAUUGCAGGUGAUGGUUUAAUUAGUUUUAAUAAUAUUCGUCUAUUAUUACAAAAUAUUAUGUUAAGAAGAACGAAAUUAGAAAGAGCUGAUGAUUUAGGGUUACCUCCUAGAAUCGUUGAAAUCAGAAAGGAUCGAUUCAAUGAAGAAGAAAAAGAUUUAUAUACAUCAUUGUAUAGUGAUUCAAAGAGAAAAUUCAAUGAUUAUGUGGCUGAAGGUGUGGUGUUAAACAAUUAUGCUAAUAUUUUCACAUUAAUUACUAGAAUGAGACAAUUAGCUGAUCAUCCUGAUUUAGUAUUGAAGAAAGCGGGAAACAAUUCACUUUCUGCUGAAAUCGAAGGAGUUAUUAUGUGUCAAUUAUGUGAUGAUGAAGCUGAAGAGCCGAUAGAAUCCAAAUGUCAUCAUAGAUUCUGUAGAAUGUGUAUUCAAGAAUAUGUUGAUUCAUAUAUGGGUGAAGGUAAAGAUUUACAAUGUCCUGUUUGUCACAUUGGUUUAUCUAUUGAUCUUGAACAACCCGCACUUGAGGUUGAUGAAGAGUUAUUCAAUAAGGCAUCUAUUGUUAACCGUAUUAAACAAGGAUCUCAUGGGGGAGAAUGGAGAUCAUCUACUAAGAUCGAGGCUUUGGUGGAAGAGUUGUAUAAAUUAAAAUCAGAUCGUCAUACUAUUAAAUCCAUUGUAUUUUCUCAAUUCACCUCCAUGUUGGAUUUAAUAGAAUGGAGAUUGAAGAGAGCUGGAUUCAAGACUGUGAAAUUACAAGGUUCAAUGUCUCCUCAACAAAGAGAUAAUACCAUUAAAUAUUUCAUGGACAAUAUUGAAGUUGAAGUAUUUUUAGUAUCUUUGAAAGCGGGUGGGGUUGCGUUGAAUUUAUGUGAAGCAUCUCAAGUGUUUUUAAUGGAUCCAUGGUGGAAUCCAAGUGUGGAAUGGCAAUCAAUGGAUCGUGUGCAUAGAAUCGGUCAAAAGAGACCCAUCAGAAUCACCAGAUUCUGUAUUGAGGAUAGUAUUGAACUGAAGAUUAUUGAAUUACAAGAGAAGAAAGCCAACAUGAUCCAUGCCACUAUUAAUCAAGAUGAUGCUGCAGUAAGUAGAUUAACUCCAGAUGAUUUACAAUUUUUAUUCAUGAACUAG